AUGGUGCAUGACAUUGCGAUCGGUUCUUGGGAAUUCUCCACGUCUUUUUGUGUGGGUCGUAGUCGUGGAUGUGAAGUCAGUAUAGCCACAUCCGAGGAGACUCGCACCGUUAGCAAGCGGCAUGCAAGCAUUGUUCCUGUGACCGAGACCUUAACGCAACAAGGUCAGGCUAGGCGGCGCUGGUUAAUUUAUGACCUCAAGACAUUAAAUGGCACGGCAGUAAAUGGCCUGGAGCUUUCAAAAGGAGGCAAUCACGAGCUUCGAAGCGGUGAUGAGGUGGUGCUGGCCUCGGCUAUGCGGCAGUGCGUGCGUAUCCAUGUACAAUAUACUGAUGAAGCACACACACGUAUUAUGAUCAAGGCGAUGGCGUUGUCAGUUGCCUUAUCACCUCCACCACUGCAUCGCCGGAUCAUAGCUCAAGAAGCGUCUCCACGUCGCUCACCAUGUCAAAAUAUCAUGACGAAUGCAUCAAUCACUGUUAGUGGUUCUGGACGAUCGGCAGUGACAAUCACAGAUAGUCCGGCGCUUACAAGAAUAGGUUGUCGAUCCGUUGGAAACACGCCGAAUAGUGAAACAACAAUGAUGACACCACCACCACAUUUUUCACAAAAAAGGAAUCGCAGCAGUCCAGCAGCUGAGAGUGAAAAUGUGGCAGUGAAUAGACAACAGAAUCCAUUUCCUUGUCAACAAAGAAAGCGCUCACGUCGCGGAAUUGUUUUUGAGGACAAAACAACCUUAAAAAAAUCGAACUUCAUCGUAAGGAGAGCUCGAGAAAGUGAACAGGAUGAGCAAGAACGGCUUAUGAUGUGUCCGGUUUGCUUGGAUUAUUUCAAUAGCAGUGCAACACUUCCCUGUUCCCAUACAUUUUGUGGUCUUUGCAUUAGUAGCUGGUUUCGCAAUUCGCUUUCUUGUCCAGAGUGUCGUGACAUUGUUAAGACACUUCCAAUUCGUAAUCGCGCUCUGGACGAGCUGGUUGAAGGGUUAGUUGGCCAGAAAGAGGCAUAUAAAUCGCUAAUUCGACGACGAGCGCUCAUGCAACGACGAUUGAUUGAGCCAUAUCGAUAUUCACAUGACAAAGACGCGAUUGAGGACGAGUCUGAAGGAGCCACUCGUGGUGUAAACGGUCUUCAGCUUGGCAGCAAUAUUAUCUCGCACCACGGAUUGUACUCUAGCGUGUUUACCGUCUGGUCAGUGGAAGAAAAGCUGGCGUUCUCUGCAUGUAUCGCUGAACAGUUCGGCGAGGCCCGUGUAGCAACAUGCUUGAAAAUUGGGCUCACAGAUUCUGCAGUAGAUAGAGCCAACUUGACUGAAUUGCUCGUUGCUGCGCAAAAUCUUUUGUUAGACUCUGGUGACCUUCGUUUGGUGCGUGACGAAUGCAGCCAGCGUUUGAAGAUCUUUCUAUUUUUUGGCUAA